AUGACACGACACCAUCAUACGCCGAAGAACUUGGAAAAUGCAAGUGAAUUUCGUCUUUUUGUGUAUGAACUUACCGAGUCAAAAAGUUUUGGUGCUUUUGUAUUGUUCAUAAUUUUACUCAAUACUGUUAUUCUUGUCGUUCAAACGGACGAAGCAAUUUCAAUAAAGGGAGGUAAUGUAAUGAUUUAUGUAUAUUAGUUUUAAACAAAUAAAAUUUAAUAGAAAACAAAUAAAAGAUUUUAAAUUUGUUUUUAAAGCGAAUGCUUUUAUACAUUGCGAAAAUUAUUUAUAAUUUAGUUUUAAACAAAAAAAAACUUAGGGCAUUUAGCUCUUUGGAUAUGUUUCGAAAAUAAAGCAUUGUUUCGUAGGGCGCAUUUUCCUGAAGACUGGAAAACCAUUCAGGAAACAUUGUUUUCUAGUCAAGUUUUCCGAAGAUGGGCAAACCAGGAAACAUUGUUUCCUCAAGAAAAAUAACACUUGCCCACAUGUUGGAGAACAAAAGCUAUUUCUGAAUUCUGAAUUUGUUUGAAGUCUAUAAAUUUUUUGAUAGUUUAAAACUUUAAAGAGAUUAUCAUGCCAUCUUUGACAAAAAGCUUUGAGUAGGAAUUAUUUUUACAGCUAGAUAUUUUUAUCGUUAAUGUUUUGUCUAUUUUCAAGGCUGGUAUUUUUCAGCAAUGGAUAACGUCUUUUUGGCAAUCUAUAUUAUGGAGUUAAUUCUCAAACUGUACGCGUUGGGUUCGCAUUUCUUCAAUUCAGGCUGGAAUGUCAUGGGUAAGUUCACUAUCACUUUAUAACAUUGAUUAAACGUACAAUAAUUUAAUAUGCAAAGUGUUAAAAAUCAUUAUAAAUUUCACUACAUGGCAACUGAUAAAUGCUAAACGCCUUGAUAUACUACUAAUUUAGAUUGUACUGCAUCUCGUAUUUCCAUAGAUUUUACAUGCUUUCUUACAAAACAAAUAGAAGACAAUUACCGUAUCUUUCCAGUUUUGGCCGCUAUAAUCCUGCCUUGCAUGCGUUUAAUUUUUCAGACAUGUUCAUUGUACUGUUUACGACUGUGGAUUUUCUACUGCCACUGAUUGUGAGAAGUGUUGGAGCAUUUGAUGUUGCCGCCAUCUUCAGACUUCUGAGAAUGUUCCGUGCUAUACGUGCUUUGAGAGCUCUUAGAGUGUUGAGAACUAUCAGGUAUGACUAUUGUUUGGUUGGUUGUAUCUCACCGGUAUCGGAGUCUUUUGGAACACUGGGCUUGUGAUUCCAAAGAGGUAUUGAACAAGGAUGAGAAUUGGCGGUGAAACGCGAGCUAGAGUUGAAACUCUCUUCUGCUUUCAUCAUGGACCAGGCGUACGAAGUUUGAUAAACUUCGGGCCUAUAGGCUAUACUCACCCGAGGCGUCACCAUGGUUGGUGCCGAGCGGAAAAUGUUUGAAAACUUGGAGUCUCAAAAUCAGUGGAAAUGGCAUUCUCAAAGUAUUCUCUACGUCUUUCGUUCGCCUUUUCAUUAAUAUUCUUUCGUUAUAAUUUGUGAGUCGUAUAUGCUAGCCGCGAGUCUGGAUGGAAAAUGAUUAUUACUAUUAUUAAUAGACCUUUCUUAUAAUGACGUAAAACGUGGAAAACCAAUUUAUGCGAUAUCCCACGGGACAAUGCAAGUCGUUGGUGAGCUAAUAAAUUUCAUAUAAACAUCAUUUGCAUUGCGAAUUGUCGCUACAAAUUGUACCUUGGGACAUCGCAAUAGGUGUAAGAAAGGUCUAUUGGCCGCUCAGCGUAGUUUUUUAAAAUUCAAUAGUCCUUUUCUGGGGGACGAAAUCUAUUCCGGCCCCUUUUAUAAAAUAUUGGGAAGGACGGCGGUGCUUACUAUGCUCCUGACCGGGGCUUUACACGGUGGUUGUGCUUGUGCUUUUAUCACUGCGCCUGUGCUGCUGUAGGAUUUGAUCGGAAUACGCAGUUUUUUUGUAUUAUAAUUUAGCCUCCUGAUAAUGCUUCCACCACUACCACCAAGUAUACCAAAGGUUUUUCCAAGAAAUCCUAUUUCUUCCUGCAGUAACAAGACAUCCAUAACGAAUGACCCUUACUUUACUGCUAGGAAGAAACGUACCAAACUGAUGGCAACCUCGUACCCAGGGUUUUCCGUGGCACCAGAGAGUGAGAGAAAUACCCUGGGUACGAGGUUGAGCUGACAGAACUAUCAUGCGUAAUAGAGUCAGGCAAAACCAUAAAAUUAAGAAAAUUGGCAGCCCAGUCACAGAAUAUGGCCCAGUGGUUAAUGUAUCUGCCUUUCGCCUCCACAACCGGCAUUCGAAAAUAUUUCCUUCAAUUAUAUACUAUGUAUCGAGCAAAAAUUUAUGGAUGUUUAAUAAUGAUUUGUACAUAAAUUUUCUAUAUAUUACAAUACUAUUCAGUUCUCAAUACCAUAACUUACUCGAAUUAUUUUUCUUACAGAUUUCUGAAAAAUCUUCAAGUAAUAAUGACAACUAUCCUCAAAUCAUUCCGCGCUCUCAGCACCAUCGUCUUGCUAAUGUUUCUUUUUCUUUGUAUCCUUUUUUGUGACGUAUAUCUUAAAAUAUUGUUAUACGAAAAGCAGAACCACAUCGAAAAUUGACUACGAUUACACCCUCAGAUCACGAGUAUAGUAACUCAUUUCAAUAUAUCAAUAUCAUCUCGUCUCUUGUACCAUUCAGGGAAUGUAAACAUGCGUUUAAUUAAGGGAUAUACACAUCCAGUUAGCACUUCCCUAUGUUAGUCGUUUUCGGAAAAACAAGAUGCGAUAGUUUAAUAAUCUUGAAUUGUAUUUGCCAGUGUAGGUAGUGCCAAUCAAAUUAAUAAGCUUUCGUUGGUAAGGAUGCAGCUACCUGAAGAAUAUAAGGAGAAUUUCGACGUUUCGAACGGUUGCCCUUCGCUUGGAGUUAUUAACUAGGAACCCCACUGGUAACUCCAGACACCAAGCAGGGCCGUAGGAAGCUCUUUUCGAUUGGGGGGGCUGAAAGCGAGGGCCGAAGGCCCGAGGAAAUUUUUAAAUUUAGAGUCUCUAAAAUGCCAUUUCCUGGUCUUUGGGGGAAGAUUUAACAGAAUUCUGAUAGUCAGAAAACAGCGUUUUAGUAUGUCGAAAUUUACAGGAAAGUAUGGGCCAGACUGUAGUAUUAUAAAUGCGCGGCGGGAAUUUUCGUCGUAAAUGGCAGUUGCGCGGAAAUGAAGGCAGAACAUUUGAGAAAAUUUCGAAAAUCUGGAGUCUCUAGAUGGUCUGAAAUGGCAUUUUUAGAGUUUUCUUUCGCAAGACCCAACACGCAAAAGACAAAAUAAAUCAUUAGUUCAUCAAAAAUGUGCAGAUUUUGUGGGAUUUUCUUGAAAAUGCGCGACAGAAAUUCAGCUAAAAUUUCUACGCGAGGAACAAUCUGGAGUAUGAGUAAUAUCUUCAUUCUUUGCAGUUUGUCACAGAUUAAAUGAUAAAGUUUGCAUGAUUUUGAAAAAAGAAUGAUUAUUAGCAAAUUAUUGGGGGGGCUGCAGCCCCCCCAGCCCCCCCCGGUUGCUACGGCCCUGCCAAGGGCUUUCGCUCGAAACGUCGAAAUUCUCCUUAUAUUUUCAGGUAGUUGCAUCCCUACCAACGAAAGCUUGUGCAAUAAUAGUUCAAGGCUUUUAGUUGCGCCUGACUCAUGGCGGUGCAGUAGUAUAUUUCAGUGAUUAUUAUAAGCAGUGGCACAAACUUCAAACUCAAGGUGUACUUAGUCUUUAAGAUAAAGGACAUAAAUCACAAGAUGAUCAUUAAGUAACCUACGAGUAUAGAACAAGAAGGAACACGACCACAUAUACACUGCAGUGUGCAAACACAACUGACUCCAACAUUCAUUUUCCUCAGUCCCAUCUUAUCCCAUCAAUCCAAUUAUGUUUCAUACCAAGACAUGUCGGAAUGGAUAUUACGGAUUUGAACAAUUUUGAACACUUAGGAAAGUUUGCGAUCAUAUAUAUGGUACCAGCAAAAUGCAUGUUGGUGCUUGGCUGAAAGCGAAGCAAUAUAGACCGAGAUAUUGGCGUACCUCUGGUACGUAAGUAUAUAUGUGAAUUACUGCACUCUGUAAAAACAUUGGUCCUAUAAAAAGAGCAAAGGACAAGCAGUUAUAUAAUACUGUAUGUGGCAAUCCUUGACAAGUUAUUCUUUGCUAGAUAUGUUCGCUGUGAUUGGUCGGGAGUUAUUCAGUGCUGUGGACCCCAAACGAUUUGGUUCUUUAGCAAAAGCUCUCGUCACGUUAUUUCAACUGAUCACAUUAGAUGAUUGGUUUUACAUGUACACAGAUAUCAUCAAUGUCGAUCCAG